AGUCACCUUCAGACUGUUACGAAUGCAAAGUCAUCCCGUUCAAAGUUCAUGUUCUUUACAUGACCCAUUCAUCAUGGUCAUAGUGCGCGUCCUAGAUUUUCAUUUAGUUUGACACAAAAGCGUUUUUGUGGAAUCUCAUCGGUAGUUAUGAUUCGAGCAUGAUGCAUGGUUGCAACCGUGAUUUAGCUUCCAUCUUCAGUUCUCUGCUAUUUGAGUUCUACAAACGCGUUGUCUCGGAAAAGAGAGUAGACAAACCUGUGGUGGUCAACAACGUCAGAAGUUACCCAGAAAGAGUUGAUAUUGAGAGGGAACCGAGGAUAAGGAUCGCCCAGGUGGGCUCUGUCGAGAGAACUUCAACGAGAGGACGAGGCUAGGAAAGUAGUGAUUACUUGGGAUAAGGACUAAAUUCACUGCGAUUAUGGCUACAAAAUCUCUUGAAAUGACGUCAACCGACCAGCUUGCCAAUGGUUUUGCCGAGAGCCAAGAAGAUAUCAAGCAACCUAAGAACAACAAUGGCGUCUAUUGGUUCACGUUCGGGGUCAUCUUCCUUCUCGUUGCCGCCUGCGUCAUCAGCGUGUCUGUCAUCUUCGCAGGGGGUGAUUGUAAUUGUGAAGGUGAAUUUGAGCCUAUAGUAGGUACACCAACCGAACCACCUGCGACGACGCCAAUGAUCACCACCCCUCAGCCGGAGGAAGAUAUAUGUACUCUACCUCUCGACCCUGGUUCAUGCGGGGAAUCUUUGGUUCGAUGGGGUUAUGAUGGAGAAACGUCUUCCUGCCUCCAAUUCGACUUCACUGGUUGUCUUGGCAACAAGAAUAACUUCAUGUCCGAGGAUGAUUGCCAAUCCAUUUGUGGAGGUGCCGGUGGUCUUCCACGUACCUGUAUCCAGCUGCAAGACACACCUCUUGCUACAUUGGAUGUUUCCGAUAUAUUCGGCACCUCGACAACUCUACAAGAUUUGGCCGCACCCAGUGAUAGGGUCGGUGAGCUAAGGACAGAAGGGGCUUUACCUACAGGUCACUUCGCUUGCAACCAAAUCAACCACGGACCUCUCAGUCCCAUCAGACAGUUUCCUCACUCAGCGACAAUGGACGCCAUGGGGAUAACGUAUGAAGCUUACACCUUACAAAGAUGGACUGACCCUGCUCGCCAGGAUCCCUUCUAUGAGUUGACUCCAGGAAAGGACGGAGAACCUUGGGAGAAAAUGGAAGAGCUUGGAGCCGGCAUGAAGCAGAUGGUUUCAGCCCCAGAUAGUCUGCCCUUUUCUAUCUUCUCUGGACUCACCGGCAUUAAGGUCGGUCUGGAAGACAACGAGAAUGAUCCAGUCAUGACGGAUUUUGGGGAGAUGUACGCCAACUUUCUCUACACCGACGCAAACGGUGGUACCAUGGAGUUGCCACUUGUUCGUGGGUCAGGCAUGCUGACUCAUCUCUUCACCGACGCCAUUCCGGUCGUGAAGCCAUAUUGUCUGAGUGCCAUCAAUGCCGUACCGGCUACCUUCGAGUGUCCCGAAGAGGAAUCUGUUGAGAACGCGGGGAGUGGAUAUGUGGAAGCCUCGUGCAACGCAUCCUCCGAAACAGCUACAUUUGUACUUCAUCUUACCAAGUCUAUCGAACACAUCAGUGAUGUUCAGUGGGUUGCAAGCGAAUCUACUGAAUGGGAUUCGGACAAUGGUGGUUUCAUGACGUGCGAUGAGACCUGUUGUCAGCUCUCUCCCGACGGUAAAACCGUGACCAUCGACCUCCAAGGCGCUGUCACUUCCGUCGACUAUGCCAUCAACGUCAUCAACAAGUACGUCGUUCCCCAGCACGACUACUCAUAUUACUGGUACCGCAAUCCAUUGACGAUCCAGUGCACGAGCACCAGCGAUGUGACUGUAACGAGGGGACAGCGCAUGCCGAUAUGGUUUUACGGGAGCGCGAGUCUGGAUACUCCGACAUGCCGACAAAAUCUUGUUGAUGAAGAUUAUGAGGUCACAGCAACUCUCAAACUUAGCAGUCCUGCAAAUAAUCUUCAAGAGAUCCAAUAUAUCAUUGCUGAUGCUGAUGAUGAUUGGAGCUCCAUGAAUUCUUGGACCACGUGCAAUGCAAACAGCUGCGAAUUAGAGGAUGAUGGCAACACAGUCGUCAUGACAUUACAUGUCAAUCAUACCAAUGUCAACUUUGCUGCAAAUGUGAUUGGACAAUUUGUAACGGAGGCGGUACCAGCCAACUGGAGACGUCAGCCCGUAAAAACAUACUGCCCUGGUGGAGCUCCCGAGCCGACUCCACAACCGAUUACCCUGGUUAGCGACAGCUUUUUCUUUGAACUCUCAGAGCCCCUAUCAAUCGAAGGUGUUCCAGACUCUACCAGGAAAUACGCCAUGUUCUUCUCAGAAGAUAUGGUCAUGACCCUCGACGAGAAUGGUGCUUCUUUCGUUCCCGAUAGAGUACUGCCCACUAAGUUCUCCGGUGUCAUGCAGCUUGUCUAUGCCGGGAGUGGCACACCGAGAAAUUUCACAUGGGCUGACAAACUUGAAGGUUUUGCAGGCCCAUACUCCUAUAAGCCCAAGACCAGGUUCUGUACCGAAGGAGACAAAGGCUACAUCAGCUUCGAUUGGAACAAAAUGGGCGAGGACUAUCUAGGGACCAAUCCGAAUCUGGACCUACUCACAGUCGUUCUCCCUCAUCAGGAGCCGUUGCUUGGUGAUGAUCUAGUAGAAACUCCGUUUGGUUACAAGGGGUACGUCGGAGAUCACUGGGUGAUGGAAGAGACCCUCCCGCCGGCCUCCAUGGAACCAAAUAUGGAUGCCGUAAAUCGGAUCAAGGAUCAGCCGGACAGACUCCAGCAUAUUCUUGAUGCUAUUGGAGUUGACAUCGAUCAACAGACCUUAGAAUCAGACUGUACAACGGCAUCCAUCCACAGCUAUGAGGCAGGCAAGAGCAUCGAGAUGGUAGCACGAUUGGCCAGUAUCUCCAGAGCUUUCAACACCGAGCACUACAUCCAGCUCGAUCAGUCCCUUCGACGAUGCCUGGACCUCUGGCUCGGCAUUGUAGGCGGGAUCCCAGAAGAUAAUGCCAUACGAUACGACACUGUUUGGGGAGGCUUGUGGAUGCGUGGAGCAGGGGCAGAUGAAGAGCUUUUCCCUUGGACAAACUAUGGAUUCAUCAGCUAUGCUGAUCAUCAUUACCACUUUGGCAUGUGGCUCUACGCCAUUGCCUACUACGCCAAGUACAAUCCAGUAUGGGCUUCAAAGGAAGAUAAUUACAACCGUAUAAUGGCGAUGGCCCGAGAUGUCGGAAGUCCUAGUAAGAACGAUCCAUACUUCCCGACAGUUCGUCAAAAGGACUGGUAUAUUGGCUCAUCCUGGGCAACUGGUAUCGGAGGAGGCACUCGUCAACAAGAGGCCUCAGCUGAGGCAAUCAACUGUUACCAUGCCCUUGCAGCACUUGGUGAGGCCAUGAACGAUACCAAUCUACAGGCUAUAGGACAGCUCACGACAGCCACUGAGAUUCGUGCAACCAGACAAUACUGGCAGGUGAGGGAGAACAACAGGCAUCUCUUCCCAUCGCUCAUCCAGAGAUGGGGAGUGAUUGGACAGCUCCAGGAGGAUGGAAUCUUCUACUACACCUUGAACUGGCCCUGUGAACCCGAUCAGUUUCCUCAACGCCAUGCCUGUAUCGUCGGUAUUCAGAUCAUCCCAUCAUCUCCGUGUCCUAUCUCUACAUGGAUCAGGAGUGGGGAGAGAGCGUCUAUGACAUCUGCAGCCACGCCAUUGACCCGGCAUCUGCACCCGGUGGAGACAUGGUUGAUACUGACUGGUACACCCUCGACCCCGUCACUACACGAUUUGGGUCCUUCUGCCAGUCCAUCAUGUCCAGGUGGAUGCUGAGAAACAACAGGCAGCGGUCGACUACAUCAGAGCACUGCAGACCACUGACUUGGAACCGGGCACCGGUCUCGCCAGUACCUUACUCUUCAUUUAUGAAUCAGCAUGAUCAGGGCCGCGCGGAUUCAGGGAUCCAGGAUGUUGUAAAAGAGGGUGCAUACAAAAUUUGAUGACAAUAAAAAAGUUGAAUUCAUUAGUUAAUUAGUUAAAGUAAAAAGGAUUCUUAAUAUUAUGAUAGGGGCCAAUUUAUCAAUUUCUUUAUUUGGUAAGCAAUGAGAAAUAGGCAUCAUUGUGUGAAUGAUGUCAACAUACAUGAUUUUUAUGAAUUGCAUUUUAUUUAUUUGUCAUAUAAAUUAUAUGAAAUUGUUGUUUACUUUCGAAUCAUCUUUUCAUUUCACAUACGCUGGAUAAAAUUUGAAUACUAUAAUAGUGUGAUAUUUUAAUAUUGAUGCUUCCCUCGUGUUAGAAGAGAAUAAAUAUCAGUGAAGAAACAGUAUA